GUAGCAUUGAAGAGCAAGCUGAACACAAGCUUAAACAACCUUCAAUUCUCUCUUUUUUAAUUUCUUUUCUUUCUUCUUCAUUCCCAAUAUCAUGGAUCCCUACAAGCAACGCCCUUCAAGCGCUUACAACUCUCCGUUCUGGACAACUAAUGCUGGUUUACCUGUUUACAACAAUACUGCAUCAUUGACUGUUGGAAACAGAGGUCCAAUUCUCCUUGAGGAUUAUCAUUUGAUUGAAAAGCUUGCAAACUUCACCCGUGAGCGGAUCCCAGAACGUAUUGUUCAUGCAAGGGGAGCGAGUGCAAAGGGAUUCUUUGAAGUCACACAUGACAUUACUCAUUUGACAUGUGCUGAUUUCCUUCGUGCACCAGGAGUCCAGACUCCUACUAUUGUUCGUUUCUCUACUGUUAUCCAUGAACGUGGAAGCCCUGAAACAAUCAGAGACCCUCGGGGUUUUGCAACAAAGUUUUACACCAGAGAGGGUAACUUUGACAUUGUGGGUAACAAUUUCCCAGUGUUCUUUACUCGUGAUGCAAUGGCGUUUCCAGAUGUGAUUCACGCGUUUAAGCCCAACCCAAAGUCACAUAUCCAAGAAGACUGGAGAAUUCUUGACUUUUUGUCACACCAUCCUGAAAGUUUGAACACUAUGACUUUUUGGCUUGAUGAUGUUGGUAUUCCAACAGAUUACCGACACAUGGAGGGUUCGAGUGUUAACACUCUUACUUUGGUUAACAAAGAGGGAAAAAUGCAUUACGUGAAGUUCACAUGGAAGCCUACUUGUGGAGUCAAAUGUUUGACUGAUGAGGAAGCUAUCAAGAUUGGAGGUGCUAAUCAUAGUCAUGCCACUCAAGAUCUUUAUGACUCGAUCCAAGCUGGUAACUUCCCUGAAUGGAAGUUAUAUCUGCAAGUUAUUGACCCUGAUCAUGAAGACAGACUUGACUUUGACCCGCUUGAUGGCACCAUGACUUGGCCCGAGGACAUCAUCCCAUUGCAGCCAGUGGGUCGUAUGGUCUUGAACAAGAACAUCGAUAACUUCUUUGCUGAGAAUGAACAGUUGGCUUUUAACCCUGGUCUUGUUGUCCCUGGAAUUUAUUACUCUGAUGAUAAAAUGCUUCAAGGUAGGAUCUUUGCAUAUUCUGAUACUCAGAGGCAUCGUCUUGGGCCAAACUACCUGCAGCUCCCAGUGAAUGCGCCUAAAUGCGCUCAUCAUAACAACCAUUAUGAUGGAAAUAUGAAUUUCAUGCAUAGAGAUGAGGAGGUGGAUUACUUCCCUUCGAGGUAUGAUCGUGUUCAGCAUGCUCAACAGUACCCGAUCAAUCCUGCUAGGGUCACUGGAACCCGUGAUAGGACUGUCAUCCCAAAAGCUAAUGAUUUCAAGCAGCCCGGAGAGAGAUACAGAUCAUGGGCACCCGAUAGGCAAGAACGAUUCAUUGUUCGAAUGGUUAAGAUGUUGUCUGACCCACGGGUCACCCAUGAGCUUCGCAGUAUUUGGAUCUCAUACUGGACCCAGUGUGACCAAUCUUUGGGCCAGAAGAUAGCAUCACGGCUCAACGUACGCCCAAACUACUGAAUAUAAAUGUAUCGGGACUCCAUUUCAUAGCGAGUAUGGUCAACAUGCUAGUAUAGAAAAGGUCUGUCUCUAUGUUUGUACUACUGGUGUCAAUGUUUGAGUUCUAUCUAUCAUCGUUCUGUAAUAUUUUCCCUUACUUAAGGAACCUGUAACUUAAAUAAGUGCACACGACGAUGUGUUGAGUUACUGCGUUUCAGGUUCGAGUCUGUAAAGAGAAAGAUUAAACUUUGUGGAACACAUGUAUUAUGUAAGUUUCUUUUUACAUGUAAUGUUGUUUCUGGCCAUUAAUUUGAUGCUUUGUGCAAGAA